UUUUUUUUUUUUUUAUUACGGAGUCUACACGAACCGGUUCUUGAAAAAGCCACACCCAAAAGGGAAAAAAUCGCGUACCACCAUCCGCGUCUUCUCUUUUGCACUUCUCUUCCGGUUUUUUUUCUUUUUAUUUAUUUACUACUUUUUUUUUCUCCUUUCACUUCAUCUUUUCAUCUUAUUUUAUUAUUAUUACUAUUAUUGUGUAUUACUUAUUACAUUAUAUUAUUUGUAACAACAACGACAACACUUGCUUUCCCUUGUCCUUAUUAUACGGCUGUAGCGUCAUCUCCAUCUACUUUAUUCCUUAUAACCAAGCUUUUUACCUCAAGAAAAACACCAAAAUACAUCAAAUGGAGAAAAAUAAACCUGAUAUUUAUACAGCAACUUAUUCUGGUAUUCAAGUAUUUGAAAUGAUUGUCAACGAUUUGAUUGUGAUGCGACGCCGAAGUGACUCCUAUCUUAAUGCAACUCAAAUACUCAAACUUUGUGGAAUAGAAAAAGGAAAACGAACAAAAAUAUUGGAAAGAGAAAUUAUUCCCAACACUCAUGAAAAGAUACAAGGUGGAUAUGGAAAAUAUCAAGGUACCUGGGUACCUCUUGAUAGCGGACGGGAACUCGCAGAUCGAUACAAAGUAUUGGACUUGUUGCUACCACUCAUUGAAUUUGAUACUUCUACUUGGGAUGAAUUACCAGAAAAAGAACAUAUACCGCAACGAAUCAUACGUCGCCCUACACCAUCACAGUCAUCUCCACCUUCAUCACCCUCUUAUUCAUCACAACAAACUUAUUUGCCAUUCUCAUCAACAUCAGAUACAAAUAAUUCUUCUCAACCUCUGAAACGGAAAAUUUCCUCAUUUGAUGUUGAUGAUGUAUCCAGUACGUCAUCGCUACCAAUCACUGUCAAGAAAAAACCAAAACAAAAGCAACAAUACAAUGAUAACAGCAACAACAACAGCAGCAGCAGCAGCAAUAAUAAUAACAACAACAACAGCAGCAGCAGCAGCAACAACAAGAACAACAAUAGCAACAACAGUAACAACAACAACAAUAAUAAUAAUAAUAUUGAUAAUACAAUGUUGAUAUCAUCACCCGGAAGACCUACAAUUAUCAGUAAAAAGGAUGACAUGGAGGAUUCAGAUAGUGGACGAUUCAGAAAAUCAUUGAUGUCAAUCUUCUUAUCAGCUGAGGAAGAUCAAAUUCCUUCCUUCCUUCGUGGCGCAGGCGCAACUACUGGUAUGGACAUGGAUGUGACAAUAGAUGAUCAAGGGCAUACAGCAUUACAUUGGUCAGUCUCUUUGGCAAGAAUACAUACAGCGGAAUGGUUGAUUUCCAAAGGUGCUAGUAUUUCCAAGGUCAAUUCAAUAGGUCAAACACCUCUUAUGCGUGGGGUCAUGGUGACGCACAUUCAUGACAAUGAAUGUUUUCCUCAUAUGUUGGAUAUUCUCAGAGAUUCAAUUUCAAUUGUAGACGACGCAGGCCGAUCCGUGCUACAUCAUAUUAUUUUAGGAUGUUUGGAAUCAAAAUCUACAGCAACUGCCACCAUUUCUGCACCAUCAUCAUCAUCAUCAUCAUACUAUUUAUCCUCAUCUAUCUCAACUUUAUCAUUAGAUCCAGCAGAAAAACGAUUACUUGCCGCCAAAACGUAUAUGUCCACUGUAUUGAAAGUGAUCCGUCAAUAUAGAGAACAUAUACACAUUCUUCAUAAACCUGAUGAUGCUGGUGAAUCUCCUUUUGCAUUGGCCUCUCGAUUAAAAUGUUUAGAUUUAUGUCAUUUGUUGGUUCAAGCUGGAUGCCUUGUCUCUGAACGUGAUGAAUAUUAUACGCUAAGUAGCUCACUUGGUGGAACGCUAUCACAGGUCGAAAAAAAACCAGUAGAAAAACAAGACGAUAAAGCUGGAUCAACAAGUACCGAUACCAAUGAAUUUCCAAGUGCAAAAGGUCAAGAGCUAAUAUCAACUGUGCAACGUAUUGUGGAAGCCAUGGAUAAUGAAUUCAAAAACAAGUUACAAACAAAGGAAGCCAAUAUGUUACGACUACAACAGGAGGUGCGCAAAUUAUCACGACAACUGACUGACGAACGAAAAAACACACGUGAAUUGAAGCGGAAGAAUAGUGAACAACUGAAACGUGCGGAUGCAAAAAUCAAACAACUGGAAAGCAAACUAAUGAAAUCUGGAAUCAAUGAUUUGGAAAUAGGAUCAAAUGAGGGUAGCAGCGGUUGGAUCUCUAAUAUUCUAGACAAAUCAGCUACAACAUUGGCAGGACUUGAUAAUAUGACACAACGAGAACAUCAGUUGGAACAACAUAUACAAGAAUUGAAAGAACAACUAAAGGUUGCCAACGACAAAACUCAACAUAUGGCAACAUUGGAACAAUCCUAUUCAAAAUCCUUGGAAAAGGAACAAGAGUGUAAACGACUGAUUUCAGCAUGUAUUCAUCUACCUAUGGACAAAAUCGAUGACUUUAUUGGCCCUCUGACUCUUGCUAUUGAAAAUGAUCCUCCUGAUUUGGAUUUCGCUCGUGUUAUUGGCUUUAUGGAAAAAUUACGACAACAUCAACAAUAGUCCUGCAUUUUAUUAUUCUAUAUCCACCACUUCAUUCUUCUUAUUAUCAUUAUUAUUGUUAGUUUACCAUUGAUUUCAUCGUGUUUUAUAACCUUAUUUGUGUAUCCCCUGCUUCAAUGUUUAAUAAAAAAAUUUCUUGUAUAGUUGAUACCAUC